AUGUCAUUUAUAGAGAAAUAUAUGCCCUCAAUGUCUGAGGAUCCCCUUGCCAAGUAUAGACCCUUUCCGGCUGAGCCUACUUCGGUUUUCGCUGCUCAUUGGCAUGAAUUAGUAGGUUCAUUUAUAUUUUAUGUAAUAAUUCAAGCAUUAUCCGAUCCAAUAUUUUCAAGAAUUAUGGGAACACGGUAUACUUCUUUACCUAAAAAGGUUAAGAUCAAUUUUGAUAUUCAUGUGGUAUCUAUGGUUCAAUGUUUUGUUUCAAUCAGUGUUCUUGUCCCACAUUUAUUCAAUUCUCAUUAUCUUAAUAGAGUAGAGGAUCCAGUGGGUUCUCUUAAAGGAACAACUCCCUUUGGAGGAAUGGUAUGCGCCCUCACAGUUGGUUAUUUUGUUUGGGAUGUAUAUGUUUGUACUAAAUAUUAUUCGAUUUUUGGCCUUGGGUUCUUAUUUCAUGGAUUUGCUGCGAUGUAUGCAUAUAGUUGUGGAUUUAUUCCAUAUUGUCAACCAUGGGCAGGUCCAUUCUUAGUAUUUGAAUUGAGUACUCCAUUUGUUAAUAUUAAUUGGUUUGCAUCCAAAUUACCUGCUGGAACUUUUAGUGAGAAAACUAUCAUUAUCAAUGGAUUAUUAUUAAUUGCCACUUUUUUCACAGUUCGUAUCCUUUGGGGAUUUGCUAUGAUCUAUAAACUUGCAACUGAUAUGUUUAAUACCUGGCAUUUAGUACCUUGGUUUGUGCCACUGUCAAUGUUGGUUCUUAAUUUCUUUUUAAAUUGUUUAAAUGUAUUUUGGUUCCUGAAGAUGGUAAUGAUUGCAAAGAAAAAGGCAGCUGGUAGAGAAACUACUUUGCAAGCGGCAAGAGAAGCUGAUAAGAUCGAAUAA